AAGAGGCUACUCUCCUUAUGAUUCAUAAUUCAUAUCAUCUGUCGCUCCAGAAUUGAUGCCAAAGUGAAUUGAAACGAGCUGUGUUUGAAUUAUCGCCGGUGUCACAAUUCUUACAUGCUCGGUUAUUAUUAACAGGUCUAUUGAGCUAUUUUACAGUGAUCAAAUCAAGUUUUAAAAUUUUUAUGGGACAGAGGGGAAACGCAUCGGUAGCCAUCUUGAGUUGGUCAAGUUAGGCCGCACAGACAGGCCUGCUGGCAAAAUGUAAUUCAGAAAAUGUAUGAGACAGUCGGGACGAUCUCAUUAACAAGUGGCACAACAGGCUGGUUGGGCAAAUGAUGAAGAGGUCGGUUUUCAAGCUUAGAAUGCCAGCUAAGGAUUGGGUCUGGGGGCCUAGCCCUCAUUGGAAAAUAUACUCCUCUGCCAAGAAGUCAUUACAAUCGAAAAAUGUUUCAGUGAUGAGAGGUGUUACUAAACUUGCCGGAGACUAUCAAGAAAGUAUCAUAGAGGCAUACAAGAAUAUGCUAAUCAAAGCAAGAAAAGCGAUGAAACCAAAAUUCUCUACUCUUCAUAGACAUGGAACAUUUGGAACAAGUACAAAUUUCUUGUGGAUUAACAGCAAGAAGAAAGGCGAAAGUUUCAAAUCACGAAGAAACUUUAUGAGUGAAAGGCUAGAGGUGUUGUUAUCUUCUGAGGAAAUAGAUAAGACUCUACGAUUCAAGGAAGAGACUGCAUUUUUUAAUACCCAAUUAACAGCACGAAUUGACUUCAAUGAGUUGUCAUCUAAUAGGCCCAUGGAAGACCAGAAGUUUGCUUUCAGAAGUGUUAAUGAUAAUGGUAUAAUUGUAGGCCUUUUAGAUGGGCAUGGAGGCAACUCAUUUGCCGAGAAAGUAAAAAAAUAUCUACCUUUGUAUGUUAGUGCAGCACUUGUGGAUAGUCAAUUUGAAGCUAUUGAUAGCUUUUGUAGCAGUAGCUUGGUGGAGCCAAUUAUCACUGGGCCUAAUGUUGAAGAAGACAGCUUUAUUACCAAUUACCUUCUCAAUUAUAUAAAAGAAGUUGCGGAGAAAACCCCAGUUCAGAAUGACCCAGGAACAUUUUCCAUGUAUGUACGUCAGUUGCUUGGACCUACAAUGCUGUUAAGCAGUGAAGAGAUGCUUGAGAAGAAAGACAUAUCUGACUGCCUCAAGGAGGCAUUUGUUAGGCUAGACCUUGAUAUGGUUAAUAACAUUUUAGAAUCAUCAAAGUCAGGUAACUUAAAGCAAAAUGAUCUAGGGAUGACUUCAUCAGGCUGUUGUGCUUUGGUGACAUAUUUAAAUGGAUCAGAUUUGCAUGUGGCAAAUAGUGGUGAUUGCAGAGCAGUAAUGGGAAGUCUUCAUGAUGGAAUGUGGAGUGCAAUACAGCUUACACUUGAUCACACUGCCAACUCAAAUCCUGAAGAAGUACAGCGAAUUUUGUUAGAACACCCUAAAGAAGAGUCCCGAACCUGCUUUCAAUAUGGCCGUCUUUUAGGCCGGUUGGCGCCUUUACGUGCCUUUGGAGACAUUCGUUUUAAACUAGAUGCUGAGCAGCAGAAAAUGCUCAUUGGAAGCAUUGAUCCAAAAUUUAAAAGCUUUUCGAACUUAAAGACACCGCCGUACCUAACAGCAGAACCAGAGGUUUUCCGAUACAGGCUUGAAAAGAGCGAUAAAUUCGUCGUAAUGGCGACUGAUGGUUUGUGGGAUAUGCUUAGCAAUCAGGAAGUCAUCGAGUUAGUUGGCAGCUAUAUAGAAGGCCGCGCGGCCGAUAUGAUGCUGAAGCGGGCGGUAAGUGCGUCCAUAUCGAAUCUAGAUGAAGUACUGGCAUCACAGAAUACCUCCGAUCCGGAGAAGGACAAUGUUGCGACGUUUUUGAUUCGCUGUGCCCUGGGUGGAUAUGACACCGGUAACCUAAGUGCCAUGCUGACUUUGCCAUAUCCAGACGUGCGUAUGUACCGCGAUGAUAUCACUGUAGCUGUUAUUUUUUUUGACCACGAUGUAAACAAUUAAUUUUUAGUGUUUUAAAUGAUGGAUUUAUCGAUCAUGGUGUGUGAUUAUUAUACGAAUUGAGAAACCUGGUAUUCAUAUUGCAAAGACAAGUUUCUUUCUAGGCUGGGUUACAUUAUCAUCUUCAAUUUGCUUCCAAUUUUUUCUUCGACAACUGAAAGUGAGUUUCAGUGGCAGUUUAAUGCCCCUUAUUACAAGUUCAAGUUUUUUUGUAGUCGUCAGCUCGAAAACUUCAUGCUCCAAUUGUCUUUCCAAAAACGCGUUCUUUUAAAAUAUGGACCAUUUGAAGAUGAUAAUGUAUUCCGUCCUUUGAACUUUUUAUGGUUGUAAAAGAACAAUUAUUUAUUAAGAUCGUGGAAUUUUUGCUUUUUAAUUUUACGAAAGUUUUUAUGUAUCUUUAUAACGAGUGUCUGUGGUUUGCCUUUGCUCUUAAUGUUUGCAAACGAGAAAUGUAGUUCAUGUUGUGUUUGAUAAAAGUGCCUACCUCCAACAUGGCACAGGUUUGUAACGUGUCCAAAUGACCAAGUAUUGUUUAAGCAAUAGCAGUAGAGCUGUAGAGCUAGUUUUGCACGAUGCAAUCUUUCUGGCAACUUGCCUCGCAAUGAUUAUUGAUGAGGUUCAAAUUUCAUGUAAGGCCUUUUACACUUAGUAACGAUCCCUGCAACUGCUGAGGUCAGAAAACUGUGAUGGAGAUAGUCUGUAAACAGAGUCGCAAAACCUCAGAUUGCAAAACAACUAGUGAAAAUCAAUGUUACACGGUGCAACGAAGUUAAAAUAUAUGCAGUCAUUGCCAAAAGAAAAACUAACUUCUAUGCAACCGUUGCAAACGCAAAGAAUCUGCGUUGGCACUAGACAGAAGUGACAUGCUACGCAAGCAGGGUAGACAUACCUCGUAUUUUGAAAGAAUACUUGCGAAUUUACUGAUUCAUUCUGCGAGAUUUUUGUAGCUUUAAAAUAUACCACGUAGAAUUUUAAGUUGUGGUGAUUGACACUUUUUGCAUUUUAGUUAUAUUUUAACCUGUAUUUUUAGGUUAUAUGUUAGACUUCUUAAGUCAUUUAUGUUUCAUAAAAUGUUUCUUUAGC